GUAUUUUUAACCCUAUCUAAUAGUCACUUUAACGUGUGAAUUUGUUUUGCAAAAGUUCGAAUUUUAAAAUCUGCAUAUUUAUAACCGGUAAUAAAAGCUAAAGUUAUUGUCCGAUUAACUAAAUGCGAAUAUAUCGCGUAAUAACAACCACACCCACCGCAAGUCAGUGAUUGGUCGGUUGUCCCAAGUCUCUCCACCAAUCAGAAACUGAUUUCGCAACCCCCUGUUCGAAAUUUAAAUAUUUUUUCUCAUUAUCCCCUCAGUCGUGUUUCACACGUCAGAGGAUCAUGUUCCUCCUAUAAGUUGUUGAAUAUAUUUUAUAGUGCUUUUGUGUUAGUAUAAAAGGUUUUCAAUUAGUGUUUAUGCCAACUGUGAGUGAUAAAUUGUCUGGGAAUUGUAACCCAGCGAUGGCAUCAGAUCAGGAGUCGUCGGAUGAAGAGCCCGAUAGUGAAAUGUUAAGUGAUGACUUAUACUUGCAGGACAGUGACGAUGAUCGACAGGCUAGGAGUGUUCAGAGUCUCUCAGAAGACCUACCUGCAUUGAACUGCUUGCUGCGACCUCCUCGGAAGCUGUUCACGAAUUGCCGCGAGCGCUGGCGACAGCAGAAUGUGAGCGGCGCCUUCGCCGAGUUGAGAAGACUGGUGCCCACACAUCCUCCCGAUAAGAAAUUAUCCAAGAAUGAGAUACUUCGGAUGGCGAUUAGAUACAUCGGUCUUCUCUGCGAAGUGCUAGAGUGGCAGAAAAGUCAUGGUCUACUCACUAAUAAGGAAAACUCUAAUCUGGCUGUAAAAUGCGAGUCACCGUUGAGCCCACAGAGCAGAAAUUUACGUCUCAAAAGACCAUACCAUGAUGAUGACAAACCAAAGAUCGAUGGUGAUUUUUGCAAAUACGGUGAUGAAAACGAGGAGAAUCUUCGAAGGAAUAUACAGAGGAAUGUUGGUUUUAACAAGGAUUAUUUUUUCGGAAAAGACCAUAUAAAGAUUUUGAGAACUCAGUAUUACUUUCCUUCUCGAUGGAGACAGAAUGUUCCCUUUAGGAAUCUGGCUGCUGAACGAAAUGGUAACAACCUCUUAAUGAUAGCACCAGCCCAGGGUAAAGAAGAUGAAGGGAAAAGUGGUAAUAGUAGAAGUAAAGAUAAAGAUGGUAAGGACACAUAAAGUUGUGUUAACAUAUUUUGAUCUCUUUGGAAGUGCUGAAUACUAAAAAAAAAACAUACAGACGAGUUGAGUACCUCCUUCUUAUGGGAAGUUGGUCAAAAAAUAUGCUAAAUAAUCGAGACAGACGCUUUAAAAAGGUUAGUUGUUAUUAUCUCGUGAUUUUGUGUUAAUUAAAUCGAAUCUAAUGUUUUUUUUAAUAUUAUGUUACCUAAAUUAUAUUUAAU